GGUACAUGUACAUAUGUAUUGACAUACAGAGUGAGAUAUGUGAAAAAAGAAAACGUUUUUUUAUUUAAUUGAUUAUUGAUUGAUGCUUGACGCCUUUUACUUUUAACUUUAUUGCGAUAGAUUUUAGGAAAAUGUCUUACCAAUUAUACAGAAAUACAACAUUAGGAAACACGCUACAAGAAAGUCUUGAUGAACUGAUACAGUAUGGACAAAUAACACCACAGCUUGCGAUAAAAGUGUUGCUACAAUUUGACAAAGCUAUUAAUCAAGCUCUUGCAACUAGAGUUAAAUCAAGACUUACAUUUAAGGCUGGUAAAUUAAACACGUAUAGAUUUUGUGAUAAUGUAUGGACUUUUAUGCUAAAUGAUGUUGAAUUUCGUGAAGUUCAAGAAGUUGCGAUAGUAGACAAAGUAAAAAUUGUUGCUUGUGAUGGAAAAACAUUGGAUGCAGAUGGUACAGCAAAACGAUAAUAAAUUUAGUAUUUUUUCAUAUGGAAGGAACAUUUUUAUCAUAUUGUAAAAAAAACAAUCUCUAUGGUAAAUAACAUAGAAAUCAAAAUACAAUAAAUGUGAAAAUAGAUGAAAAAAAUUUGUUGCUGCAACUCUCAAAUAAUGCAUGGCACAACUUUGUACAUUUUGCUUCACAGAUUUGCACUAAUCACAUAUAUUAGUUCUUACCUCUACAGUGAAUAUUUUAUAUGCCUGAUUUUUAAUAACUGUAAUUGACAUUCCAGUGAAUCAUGUGAUUAAAUGUAUCGGUGAUUAUGAAAGGACUUUGAUCAUAUUUUGAUGAUUUUUUGAGAUAUUUUAACUUUAUAUAUUUCAAAUUUUUUAGUUAGUCCACUUUUAUAAUUACCGGUACAAAUGACAUAUAACUAAGUGAUAAAAAAAGCAUUGCGUUUCUAAGAAAUUUUCUAUCCUACAUUUUUAAAAAUGUGCAGUUUGAGAGUUU